CUUAUCUAAACUACAAGAAUGGAUGGAUAACGUGCAAAUCCCACAUCCAUUUAACCCAGCAAAGAAAUGACAUCACAGUCUACCACUCUUAUAUUUGUUGCCUUCAAAACUACAUUCAACCAAAAACCAAGAGGACCAUAUUUAUCUCAUCAUCGCUUUUACAUAACUUUUUGUGCAAACAAUGAAGAAGGCAGAGCUAGUAUUCGUCCCAAUGCCUAGAAUGGGCCAUUUGGUAUCUACAGUGGAAUUGGCUAAGCUUUUGGUGGAUCUCAAUUCCAAUCUCUCCAUCACCGUCCUCAUCAUCAAGACACCUUACGACCCAAAUUUAACAGCCUACAUUGACUCUCUUAUUGCUGAUACUGUUACCAUCUCCACUCGCAUCAAAUUUAUCAACCUCCCUCAAGAUGAAGCCCAAAAAGGUAUUCCUCCCAACAAGUUCAUGACCACUAUAAUACAAAUCCAGAGGCCCCACAUAAAAGAGGCUAUUGCCAAAAUAGUUCAGUACUCCAACUCUGUACCAAACUCACCUCGACUCGUCGGGUUCGUUCUCGACAUGUUUUUUACUGCUUUGGUAGAUUUGGCUAACGAAUUUGGUGUUGCUAGCUAUAUUUUUUACACCUCGAGUGCAGCUUUUCUUGGCUUCCAAUUUUAUAUGCAAGCUCUUCGUGAUGAGCAAAACGUUGACAUCACCAAGUUAAAAGGCUCGGACGCUGAGUUCACCAUACCCUCCUAUGUCAACCCAAUUGCUGCUAAAUUCUUUCCCCCACUAAUGUUCAAGCCCGAAACUUUGAUUGUGCUCCUUGAUGUGGCAAGGGAGCUUAGGGAAGUCAAGGGUAUCAUGGUAAAUUCAUUUUUGGAGCUUGAAUCCCAUGCGGUCGACUCCUUUUCUAAUGGUGAAUACCCGACUGUUUUUCCUGUGGGACCAAUUUUGAAUCUCAAGAGUGAAAGUAGGGUCCAUCAGAAUUCUAAUAUCAUGAAAUGGCUUGAUGAACAACCUCUUUCAUCGGUCGUGUUUAUCUGCUUCGGGAGCAUGGGGAGCUUUGGUGGGGAUCAGGUGAAAGAGAUUGCCCGCGCACUAGAGCAAAGUGGACACCGAUUUUUGUGGUCCCUACGCCAACCCCUUGUCGAACUUAUGAUGUUAAGCUCAACUGAUUACGAGAACGUGGAAGAGGUGUUGCUUGAAGGGUUCUCAGAACGAACGGCCACGAUUGGUAAGAUCAUUGGAUGGGCCCCGCAAGUGGCGAUCUUGGGCCACCCUGCGAUUGGAGGGUUUGUGUCUCACUGCGGGUGGAAUUCUACGCUGGAGAGCAUAUGGUUCGGAGUACCAAUGGCCACGUGGCCUCUUUACGCAGAGCAACAGCUGAAUGCGUUUCAAAUGGUGAUGGAGCUGGGAUUAGGGGUGGAGAUUACGUGGACUGAUGCGACAGUAGAAAUUGUGAGUGCUGAGAAUAUAGAGAGAGGAAUCAAGUGUUUGAUGGAGCAGGAUAGCGAUGUUAGGAACAGAGCAAAGGAAAUGAGUAAACAAAGUAGGAAGGCUUUGAUGGAGGGUGGAUCUUCACACUCCACGUUAUGUCGUUUCAUCGACGAUGUAAUUCGCAAUAUGCCAUAAAGUUUAGAAAUAUAACAAUUAAUACUUUGCUAUUUGUAAUUACGGUGUCACUUGUUUUAAAAAAUAAAUUAUUUAAUCAGUCACAAAACUUAAGUUUAA